AUGGCCAGGGGGGUGAGUGGUUUGCUGUUGUAUGGCGUGCUGGUCGUGGCCUUUCUGGCCAGCUACGGCGGCGUGAAGCGGCUGCUCGGUUGGGGAAGCGGCACAGUGGGGAAGGAGGAGUACAUCUACGUGACAGAUAAAUGGAGGAGACGUGGGGAGAGCAAAGCCCUCUGCUUGUUGGUUCAAAUUGGGUGUAGCAAAAGGGGAAAGGUGAACCAAACAUACGACAAUGAAGAGUAUGACGCGAAGAGGAAGGGAAAUUACGCAGAACUAGUGUUACAAAAAAUAAGAAUGAACAAAGUGAGGAAUCUGUCAGACGAUGAGACAAACGUAGAAUUGUUACCAUACGUUACUAAGGAAGACGAGAAGCACACAGUGGUGAAUCUGUUCGACUACUUCGUUAAGGGAAAAAGGAGAGCUAAUGGAAAAAAUGAAAUUUUCAUAGGUCACAUUUUGACUCUCCACAGGGUCGUAGUGAUAUGUUUCAAGCCGACAUUAAAUUUCUCCCACAUUAUUACCCAGCCUAGUGAUGCUGUCCAUAAAAUGCUAACGGUAGAACAUGGGGAAAGGUUGGGUUCGAUAGAUUACCCGCUUAUAUAUUAUGCAGAUGAGGCUAGCUGGGGUAUGAAGAAUGUUAUGUCGACUGGGAUUCUGGAGUUCUUUGCACCUCCAUAUACGAGAGAAGUAACUGAUAUUUUAAUUAGAUGUGCCAACACAGAAAUAAAUGAGACAUACACAUUUGAGGACUCGAUUCAGAUCCGCAUUCGAAUUCCUCGUAGUAGUGAGAAAAUACUAGGUGUGAGUACAGACCCUGAGGAUAGCGAAUAUUUCGAAAAAAUAGCAGACGAAAAUGUAGAUGAAUAUAAAUUUGGAAGCUUCAAAAAUAGAGUGUUGGGGUUCAAGUUGGUAGAUGCAGAACUAGAUCCUGAGAACUGCUUCAAAGUGGUUCAUGUGGACGAUAGGGAACUUUCGCUAGAAAUUGAAUACCAAUUUUCUAGGUGCCUAAUAUUGGAUAGACCCGAAUUUAAGCUCCGGUAUUUUUACAUCAAUGACAUACACUUUGAGGAUGAGAUUGAGUUUUCCUGCUCAUUCACAUAUAAAGGGAAAAAGAAAAAGGUCACGUUUGGGGAAGGCGAAGUCGAAGCAGUCACAGACACGUACUUUAUAGAACCAGACAAAAAGGAGUUCCAAUACUUUAACGGAGUUCCCUACAAAGUUUGUCACUUCGAAUACGAUGAGGACAAAAAAAAUUCUACACAAGUGUGCGAAAGGACUAUUAAUGAGUUCUCUCUUUUUAUGUAUAAUUGUGAAAGUAUGGUCGAGGGGGUGGCCACAUCAGAAGAGGCAGUACAUACGGUGAAGUAUCUAAAUGCUACAUACCCUUUGGAAAAAUUUAGUGACAUCACCUUUUUCUCUAAGGAUGUGCAUAUAGAGCAUCUACGUUGGAAAUUCCCAGACUACAAGUACUUUAUGACGGCCUAUAUAAACCAUGGCCCCCACCCCCUCAUCAUUGAGUGUGCUAUUCCUAAUAAAGAAAAGGACAGCUACCAACAGGCUAACAUUCUCCUUUACGUACAAACGAACUUAAAAGAUAGGACAGUCUCCUUUUGUGAUUUUAGAAGUUCCAAAUUUUAUGAUUAUAUGAAUGCAUAUAUCAAAGGGGAUGAGUGCGAAAUAAAUGUCACGUCGAAUACGAGCUUUGGAUUUAGGUGUCCAGCAGGAACUGUGAAGAAGCCGAGUUACUGUUUUACAGAGAUGUACUACCUGGGGUACCUCUACCGGUUGGGGGAUCUCUUCACGCAAAACAUAGUUAUCUACUCGUAUAAGGAUCCUAGUUUUUCGCUAGCCGCCUUCAACAGCAGCCUGAGCAGGUCCUACUCGUUCGAAUGCUUCUGCGUCAAGGAGAGUGACCACAGUAAGAUAGAGAAGAGGGUCAUUGUAAAUUACAUAAAUGAGGACCAACUGUAUGAUUACAAUGCUAUCCCGAAGGUGCCCUACGAAUCUGUGAUAUCCCACCCGAUGAAGACUCACCUUUGUGAUUUCAUGAAAAACAAUUCAGUUCUUAAGCCAACGAAGAAGAAGCCAGUAAACUACAUCUGUGAAGUUUUUCCAAAACCGAUGGAAUACAUAGCCCUCGUCUGUCCUACCAACCUCAUCGAUGAAAAAAAUGAAAAGACCCUCUCCGAUUUGCUUUACGAUUAUGGGAAACCAGGAAUAAUUGAUCAAAUAAGGGCCUUUGGAAAAAAGAGAAACAACUACUACAAGUCCUUUCACCUGCCAAAGGAUGCCCCUUCUUAUGUAAUCAAUCGAUACAUGCAAACGGUGAAAAGCAUCGAUGAAAUGAUCCCAGGGGCUCUAAUCAAAGAUACCGUUAGUAUUAAAAUAGCUAGAAUAAAGAAGACAGAUGCAGGGGUGGAAGAUCCCUCUCUACCACCAGACGAGGAGGAUGAAAUUAAUCAGAUGUAUGCCACUCACAUGGGACUUCCAAACAGUAUCCACCAUGGACUCUUCAUCUUUCAACUCCCUCCUUACAUAAAACGAAACGCCAUCAUAGAAUUUGCUUGCAUUAAUGAUAAAACGAAAAAAAUGGGCAACACAGGGAAUAAUGGUAUUAUGUCUGUACACCUCAGGACAGAAGGAAGGGCAGUCCACGGAUGCCACUUCUACAAGGAUAAGGAGGAAAACAGUAUUUUAAAAAAAAAAAUAAAAGUGGGUUCUGGUAAGGAUUGCGUUGUGCAAAGUAAUGGAGAAAUCGAUUACAUAGGAAUUAUCUGUCCAAUUCAGAGUGGGUUAUAUUUGACCCCCCCUGGAUGUUUCCAAACGGCAUACAACAGUUCUGAUGAACUUGUGCAGCUCAGCAGUUACGAUAAGGACUUCAUAAACUUCACUAAUGAUAAGGGUGUCUCCUACUUGAAGAUCCCGCAAAGCUUCGUUGGUCAUCUGAACAUAUUUUGCUACUGUAAUGAGGAAGCCCCACCAUCGGAGGAGGAGGUGGAAGCGGAGGCCAGGUUAGUAGCACCCCCCAAAAAGGAGAACAAAAUUAACAUCGAGCUGAAUACAUCCAAUAGGGGUAUCACGAAUGUACAAAAAAUUGAUCAUCUCUACGAGUCAGACUUCCUCAUAGGGAACGAAUUCAUUAAUAGGAGACCCACUCCAAUCAUGAGGAAGAAACACAUUUGUGAUUUUACCAGGGAGGAUAGUUCCUUGGCUCCUCAGGAUGAAUUACCCGCCAUAAAUUCGUGCUUUGUCGAUUUGGAGGAAAACCUAAGCCUGGUAGAGGUACGCUGUCCUAGAAACUUCAAUCCAUCUCGAGCCGACCGGUUCAGCACCAUGCUCCGAAUGCGUAGUUUUGGCAGUGUUGCUGGUACUGCUGGGGUGACGACCCGAAGUGGGCUCCAUGGUGCCCUCCCACUGGAGGAUGAACCGCUAAGCGAGGAGGAACUUAGCAAAUACAAGCAGAUCAAGUAUGUACCUGAAGAAUAUGAAGAUGUAAUGCAUCUAAGUAGUAAGAAAAAGUUGCAAGACAUCCUCCCCGGAACGAUCAUCCUAGAUCGAAGUAAAAAGUUCGGAGAGAAGGGAAGAUUCACUUUCAUCACCCCGCUUAUAGUGAAAAACGACAUAAUUAUAAAGCUCUUCUGUGAUAAUUCAGAAACGGUUAUAGCGAAUAAGAAGGGAAAAAAGGGAAUCGUCCUUGUGAAAAUUCCUAAAAGAGUAACGAAGAAACGGUUUUACGGGUGUGACUUCUCUGGGAAUUCCAACAAGACCUUCUACUACUCUGAGGUGCACUCCCUAACGAAUGACAAUAAGGAGUGCCACAUAAAGCUGAAGGAAAAUAUCAUCGUCAGUUUGAACUGCCCAAAUGGAAAAAUCAACCCAAACAACUGCUUCCACAACGUGUAUAUAAAAAGCACCAUGGAUCAAGAAAAUGUGGAAAACGUGGAAAAUAUUUUUAACGACGUUAAGGUGAUUAAUACAAAUUAUCUGUUGAAAAAUUCUUCUGCUUUUUUAAUCAUAUCGAAGAUGAGUAAUACGAAGGAUCUGAACUUUUACUGCACCUGUGAGGAUUACGAUAGUAAGAAUGUGGGUACGAUAUUUUUGAACCUGCCCCAGAAGCAGUCUUCCACAGCGAAGGAAAAAUACGCCUCAGAGAAGAAACUAAUUAUGGAUGUCCCCCCGUAUUAUGCGAAGGACACUUACGUUUGUGAUUUUACGGAGCAGCAUUACAACGUUCUGAGUCGAUCCAAUUUAGACAUGGAAAAACUGUUAAGUAAAUACCUACAAAAUAUUCUCCUAUACCAACACGAUGAGUUUACACACUUUAGCUUAAACUUUAAACUGAGAAAGGAAAUUAUGAAGAAGCAAUACAUAGAAUAUGUUAAGAAGCAGAUCCAGCACUAUCGGGACAACCCCCCCAAGGUGGAAAACUACCCAGACCAUACCCUCGUCUACAAGUGCAACAUUGAUUUAAGCGCAUUUGAUAAAUUUGCGAUUAAGUGUCCCUCCAGGGGGGGCACUCUCCCUCAUGGGGAGGUAGCCUCUUCCCACAAAGUAGAGCAUGUUAUUGCACCCCGUCUGAAUUACACGUCCAGUCUGGGUAAUGACGCCACCUCCAUGGUGAAGGGACUGAACAGUCUCCUCUUCGGAACUAUCAUUGUUAACAAGACGAAUGAACAAAACGUCUCCUUUUUCGACAAGGGGGAACUCGAACUUAUUAUAUCUCCCUAUGCGGAUUCGUCUAAGAAUUUCAGCUUCUCCUGCGAAAACAUGGGAGAAGAUGGAACGAACCGCGUCAUCGGUUAUGCGUCAAUUUUUGUAAAAAAAAAUAACAAUAAAAUUCUGGGUUGCGAUUUUAUAGACCCCUCAGAUGUUACCAACCAGCAGGUCCACUCAGCCACCUCUAAAGCGGAUGAAGGAACCGGAGUGACCACUCCGUAUGGAAAUAAUUCAUUCGAAUUUGAGAUCGAACUGGUGGAGGGAAAAAACAUUUACUGCAACAUUGAAGCGAUAGAGAAUGACGUUGUUGGGUUUAGUUGCCCGCAUAACUUUCUCACUUCCCCUGAGAAUUGCUUCGAGUCGGUGCAAAUCGAGGGAGUAGACAAAGAACUAGAGACGCACAAGUUAGAGAGCCUUCUCAAAGGAGUACACAUUCUAAAGAAUAAAAUAUACGACGUUAAUUAUACCCCUUCUUAUAUUAUCCUUCCGAAGAAGAUACCAAAAUCGAUGAAAAUAUUUUGUACAUGCAAUUCUGUGAAGUUGAUAAAAACGGGAAUCAUCCAAAUUAACAUAAUUGGGGAUGACUUAAAUAAUUGGUUUAAGAAGGAAAUAACGCACAAUGUGUUUGCCUACGAACAGAGCAGCUACUUUUACGACUUUUCCUCUGGGCCGCUAAACAUCAGCUCCGAGAAUGUGCUUGACAUCGGUGCACUGCCCACGGGGAAAAGAGCCAAAGGAAAUCGUCACAAACUGCAGGGGGGCAUAUCAAUAGAUGGAUCUACACCGAAGCGGGUAAGGGAGACAAAACCUAGCCCUGGAAUCACCAUCGUGGAGCUCCUUGACGUGGGAGAGGAAGAAGAGGAAGAAGAAGAUGAAGACGAUGAUGAACCGGACGAAGUGGAGGAGGAGAACGUGUUAAACCCGAUGCGAACAAAACAGGUGCACGAAAUAACUGUGGCUGCAUCCGAAUUCAGCUCCGUCAAAGUUGUGUGUCCAUUAAGGAAUGCCCAACAUUUUAGGCAGUCAAAAAUAAGUCCAGAAAAUUUCUUCGAAUAUGUUUACGUCACGGAGGACGUCAAGGAUAAUCGAAGCGAAGCGGAGAAGGAAAAGAUGGUUAUGGAACUGGUACAGGGUAAAUCGAAAGAUUCUGUAAAUAACGGGGAAGAGGCAGAUGGACCCAAGAAGAGGGAAAACGAAAAGGAUAAAGACAAAGACGAAAUAAAGGUAGACUACGAUUCUAUGGGGAACAAAAUAAUCGUUGCCCUAAAAACGGAAAGACCCAAAGCAACCAUAGAGGAUGCAGAAAAUUCUCGUCAUCCAAAUGGUGGGGAGGAAAAAACAAAAAAAGACAUCCUAACAAUAAGGAAUAUAAACGACGUUAUAGAAUUUGUCAACCACGAAAGGGAGGUCAGUGAAAACACAUACGCUGGGACUAUACAUUUUUCACCUCUCCUUCUGAAGGAAGCAAAGUUUUUCAUUUCGUGUGACAAUUCCCUCACAUUGAAUGAAAGUAGAAGAGGAAAAACUGGCAUCGUUAAAGUUCUAGUGAAACCAAAUUAUGUAAAUAUUUUUGGGUGUGAUUUUGUAGGGGAUUACUCUACUCAUUUUUACUUUAGCCAGAGGUGGGAAGACGUCCCGAAGAACUACGUGUGUGAAGUACAAGUGGAAGAUGAUUCCAUAGUCGGAUUAGCUUGUCCUUCACAUACGAAGCUGCACCCAUCAGACUGCUUCGACAGUGUUAUAAAAGAUAACGUGGUUCACAAAAAAGAUUCGCUAAUAGAAGCAGUGAAUAUGUUUAUUUAUAAGGAGAGGAAUAAACCGAUUCUUUCUUUCAUCCAGGUGAAGCACAUUUUCGCUAGCCACUUCUCCUGCAAGUGCUACGAUUCCACGAAGGGGGACUACAAGGAGGUCACCAUAAAAAUUAACUACGAGCCCUACGUCAUGGGCACGCCCAAAAAGAGCCUCGGCGGUGCGGUCAUUCAGUACAGUGACCUCGGUAAAUUAAAAAGAGUCCUUCUUCUGCUCCCUUUUGCCCACAUCAUCCUUGCGCGAAAUGAUAACGCACAGGUGGGAGUCACCUCCAGGGAGAAGGUGCGUUUCGUUGGGUUGCUAAGUGGUGGAAGGGGCGACGGUGGCAAUGAAGGAAGUUACGAAGGAAGGUGCGUCAGCCGAAAUGCUGAUCCGUAUGUGUUAGGGAGAGACCCCUUCGGAGGCAUAACCAACGGGAAGUUUUUCCCCAGAGGGGUGCACUACCGUGAGGGGAACCACUCCCUUUUACGUCUCCUCAAAAGUGAAGACAGGAGAAAGGGCGUGAAUGUGUAUCACCUUGGAGGACUCCCACAUGGGGAAAACUCAAAUGGAAGAAAAAACAACUUAAGUGGUGCAAUAAAAAUGGUAACAAAUUACCUGCACGGUCAGGUAAAAUUUUGGAACACGGAUGUUGUAACCAUUCCGCAUGAACUGUUCGGAGUGUCCCCCCAGGGGAAGUUUAGCACGAGGAGGGUGGCCAGACGUUUGGCAGAAGACGACGAUGGCGAUGAUGACGACAACUACGACAACUACGACAACGACGACGGAGACGAUGAGGAAGAGGAAGAGGAAGACGAUGGAGAAGACUACGAUCAGGGUGAGAAUUACCAGAUCAAAGGAAUGGACUUAGAAGAUGAGGAUGAGGAUGAUAUACUAGGGGACACUGUUUUACUUCCUUUGGUCGAUUCAGAUUCUUCGGAAGGGGUGUUUGACGCAGUGAACGAAGGGUUCGAGGCAACAAUAAAAAAGGAUGGAGAAGAAUUAAAAGAAAGUGAUCCAACAGUUGAAGUCUUUUCAUCUAGCAACACGAAUAAAGAAUACUUGUGCGACUUUGAAAAAGGCAAAUCGCUGAAAGAUACCACGAAAAAGGUAGUGAUCUGUGAAAUGAGAAUCCAAGAACCCCUCGUUAAGGUAAAAAUUGUGUGUCCAACGAAAUACUCAGACGUAAGUAUACAUGGUUCGAUGGGUUUUAUCCCCAAGAAAGCUCCAUACGUUACUUUGGUAAACACAAAUGAAGGUAUUGACAAGGAGAAGAAGGUGUUGUUGAAGGAGAAAAAGCUAGCCGCUCUGCUUCAUGGGGUUAUCAUAGAUCCAGCAAUUAACGAAGAGGCAAACGUAACACAAAAGGGAAUCAUUGAAUUCAUCCUACCCCCAGUAGUGAAAGAAAAAAAAAAAAUAUAUUACAUCUGCGAUCAUAACGAGACAGAAGUUGGGGGUAAACAUGUGGCAAGAGGAGUUGUCUCCAUUUCGAUAGAACCCUACGGUAAAUCCGUUCGUGGAUGCAACUACACUGGAAGGAAAAAACACUUCUUCACUUACGAUUAUGAAAAGGAUAACGCGAUGAAUCACCCAUGUGUAUUUCAACUAAACGCUGGAGAAAUAGGAGGCAUCAUGUUUCCCGAUGGAAUCAAAUCGACUACCUGCUUCGAUCAGAUGAUUCCUCACUCCCCAAAUAAGAAAUGGGACAACAAAAAAAAAAAUCUCAACGAAAUAAUAAACGGGGCAGUCAUUUACAAUAAGGACUUCAAAGCCCAGUACUUCAGGGUGAAGUACUUUAGUAUUCCCAACAGUUUUACAGAAAAGAUUAACUUGUUUUGUAAUAUCCAUUUAACAGAAGGUGAUGAAAAACACAUGGUUUACAUCAGCAUCAAUCAGGAGCUGAACAUAUCCGUCUUCGACCUAUAUGAAUCCUUUUCCAACGUGAAGAAGGUAAUACAAGUUGCUCAACAGACACAAGAUAAGAAAGAAUACACAUGCGACUUUACAGAUCAACUAGACAAGAAGGAAGACGAUGGCGAAAAAAAGGUCAUCAUCUGCAGGAAGAAGUUAACCGAAUUUGAUACCUUCACUAUGAAAUGCCCAAUCAAGAAGGAUAAAUAUGAAAACCUAGUAAUGAUUCCAAAGACCCUGAAAAAGGAAGAGAAGAAAAAAAAUAAUGUCCUGAAAAUACAGCUAGAUGUACAGUAUGAACUAUUUAAAAAGUACCUUCACUUUCACGAUAAGUAUGGGAAGUACCUCCCUGAUUAUCCUUCCUUCUUCACCUUUCCUCUGAACCGGGUAGCUAAACUAGAAUUGAAAAAGAACUCUAUCUUCAAGAACCAUAAGGACGCUUCCUACUUUGAUGAGGUUGCAUCUGCAUCUGAUGCGUUCGUGAAACUACUCGCCUACCUAGAUGCACAAGACACCGUCAUUCUAACGAAGCAAAUUUCUAACCUAGCAAUAAGUGAAGACAAAUCUACGGAUGAUGUUUUCGAUUUAACAUUUCAAAUACCUGCCUACAUCGAGACGAACGAACCGCUGUAUAUUCUCAUGGGAUGUAACAACACAAAAGAUGGGGGAAACCUCGGCAUCGUGGAGUUGGUCUUGUCGAAAAGCGAACACAUUGUUAAGGGAUGCAAUUUUUCAGACGUAGAAAUGAAGCACUUCACGAACAACGUGAAGUCUACCGGGGCAAAAUGUAGUAUUGUAGCCAACCCAAAUGAUCUAGUCGGUUUUAACUGCUCCAAGACGUACGUGCCAGAGACGGAUGAAGAGGAAGGAUCCGGUGAGGCUACCGGAGUCAUCGAACCGGAAGGAUGCUUCACGCAAGUCUAUAACAGCAACGAAAAGACAGACAUCGUUACCAUGCUACCAGGAGUUUUGAUCUACUCAAGUGGGAAGAAAAACUCCACGUCAUUUAUCAAAAUACCCCCAGUUCCACUUAAAAAGAAGAUUACCUUUUCCUGCAAGUGCAAGAUAGAAUCUGUGGUGAACGAAAUAGAGGUGACAGUUGCUGAGGAGAAAGAAAUUAAAAAGGAAAGUGUCGAAGUGUUGAAGGAGGAAGCAAUCACGACCGUGAAGGGAAAGGAUCAAGAGGAAGAUGGAAAGAUAUACACGUGUCCAAAUAAGACCCUCAUUGAACCCAAACUGGAAAAGAUAGAUGACCUUUAUGUGCAAAAUACAUGUCACAUAGAUGUGAAGGAGAUGCACAGUUAUGUUGAAAUUUACUGCCCCUCCAAAGAUUUCGCCAUUCACAAGAAUAUCAACAUGUAUUACACAACGGUGAAGCCAAAAAAAGAAGAAAGUCCAAAGGUUCUUAACCAACUCGAGCUGGAUAAAAUAAUACCCCACGCGGAGAUGCUCCACAAGACGAGAAACAUCCUUCCUUUGCAAAGUACCACGAAUGAUAUGGAAAAGGUGGACCUCUCUCAUGUUUACUUAUUUUUCCCCUAUUAUGUUAAGGAAGAACAGGAGUUCAAUGUGAUAUGCGAUAACAGCAACACGUUAUUUGGGGAGAAGAAGGGAGGGGUUCUAUCCUACCAGAUUAAGGUUCCCAAGAGGAGUAAACAAAUCAAGGGGUGUGACUUCAAUUCCAAGAAAUCGGAAAUCUUCCUAAACCAGCCUACGGAAAAUGACUGCGUGAUAGACGCCAUGCCGAAGGAUGUAAUCGGGUUCGUCUGCCCCCCAGAGACGGUCAAAAUAACUAGCUGCUUCAAAGACGCCGUGGUGGAUGAUCAUCUCACCAACAUAGCCGAUACGCUCGAGCUGACCGACAACAUGGCAAACUACACACAUAGUCACAAAUUUAAUUACAUCGAAAUACCAAGAGUCGUUAGCAAAGACCUGUCCUUCAAAUGUAUCUGUGUGCAUCUAAAGAAGGACUACCAGUUGACGUCUCCACCGAGCGCAAAACUGCUGGAUGUCAUUUACCAAAAGCUCGACAUAAAAAAAGGAGAGGGCUACACCAAAGUAGAUGCAAAAAAGAAAUUCCUAAUGAGUAGCCUGAACCCAUACUUGGCUCACAAGGAAGACAAAGUGAUCAGCAUCUUCCAGGAAGUGGAUAAGAAUAACCCAUUUGGGGAAGAUGAAAAACCAGAAGAAAUAAUACAAGAUGUAGCCAAAACAGAAUUUUACCAUGACACCUUGGGUUCUACUGGUUCCCUUUCACAAAUAAGAGACAACCACAUUUCGGGAGACGACUAUUCUAUUUACACCAACGUAAAUGACAACGUCUUGGAAAGAACUAUAAUGGCAGACAUAGAAAAGCUGAACAAAUCUGACUUCAAGGUAUACACGCUCAGUGUCAAUGUGAAGGCACCUAAGUUGCUACAACCGAAGAAGCUCAAUGAGAAUGAGUAUUUGUGUGACUUUUCCAAAAAGAGCUUGAUCGUACCGGAACCUUUAACGGAGGAUUCCCCACUUGACAUCCACUGCUACAGUGCACUAAAGCCACUAGACACGUUAUAUGUUAAGUGCCCAACGGAGAAGGCAGCUUACGAGGAUGCCAAGACAAAAACAGCAGAUGAUGAUGAUGAGGCAGAGAAGGGAAUCAUUUCCAUCCUAGACGAUGUGUCAGGUGCUGAGGAUUCCGGUUCCCCUCUGGAAGACGAAUCUUUUGUUAAAUACUUCGACAAAAUCAGUAUGAAGCCGAGUGAAUUUUUUAAGAAAGUUUUGAACGAAGAUGGAGACAAGGAAGAAGAUAUAGAUUUAGUCCUACCCGGUGCAGCCUACACAUCUAUGAAGGUACUGAAAAAAAAGGACCCGUUUACCUCCUACGUUGCUGUGAUUGUGCCACCCACUGUGUCAAGGAACACAUUUUUUAAGGUGGAGUGCAAUAACAAUGAAUACAAAGAGGGAGGCAAAAAUGCAGGCUACAAGGGGAUCAUUCAUUUAAAUAUUUCCAGAAGUGGGGAAAAAACUAUAGGGUGUGACUUCACCUCUGAACAUAGCAGUAUUUUAACUAAGGGGGUUCUUCUCCCCAGUGGGCAAGAAAAAGAGUGCGAAGUGGAGGUUACGAAGAAUGACGUUUUCGGGGUUAGAUGCAGCAACGAUUCUACUUUUGAUCCAGUAAAAUGCUUCCACGAGAUUCAUGAUAAAACCGGAUCGGUUAAACAAAUCAAGGAACUCAUCCCAGGUGUAAAGGUAUUCACUCUCCCCAACUCCAAGACCAAAGUCGCUUAUGGAAAAAUCCCAUUGGACUACGUGAAUAAGAUCAAUUUUUCCUGCACCUGUACGAAGACGGAUGAUAACACCAAGGGAAAAAUCAAAGUCGUGGUGAAUAAAGAUGAAUAUUCACUGGAAGACAUGAAAUUAACAGAUGCAGUGAAACAUGGUAAGGUCAACUUUUGCAACUUCUUCGAUGAUGAAGCGCUCAUCUUUAAGAAGAACCCAGAUAAGAUUGUCCAAUGUAAGGUAGAUGCAGAGCUGUUCUCCGAGGUAGUCGUCAUGCUGCCUCAGAUGGGAAGUACCAAUGACGAACCGGACUACAAAAAUUUCGCUGUGACACCAACUUUAUCUGAAGGAGAAGACAUCAAAGUUAUCACCGAUGCUAGAACUGAAGUGCCCAUAACCACUGCUUUAAAGGGUGUCUAUGGAAGUAGAGUUUUCUCCUUCGAGAAAAACUCGAAAAAGGGAAUAGGGUUGAGCUUCUUCAUCCCUCCCACAUUUGAAGAUAAAAAUUUUAAAUUAGCGAUUAAGGAGUCGGCGAUCCUCACCGGCAGUAAACAGAGAGGAGUCAUUUUCGUCAUCGUCCGGAAGAAUAUGGAACCCGGUUCUGUGAAGAUGUGUGAUUUUACAUCUAGUGAGAACUCUCUAGCUGAGUUAGACCAAAGCAAUAACGAAAAGGUAUGCAGCGUGAAGAUAGCCAAAGGAGACAUAUUCGGUAUAACCUGUCCUAAGGGGUUCUGCCUCUACCCGGAGGCCUGCUUCUCCAACGUUACUUUGGAUUACUACAAGGGGGAGCUUCACAUGGAAGAAGCGGAAGCAGAAGGAAACAACGAAGAAAUCAACUUCGCUGAGAGAACAAAAACGAACAUGCGCAUAAAAGAUUUGCUACACCUCAUCGGUGAUGAUGACAGCGAAAUGGAGGACUUACAGAAAUUUUCAGAAUUUUCUAACAUUACUGAAAUGCUCAAUUUUGAGACGUUCCAUUUGGGUUCUAUGCAUCUGGAUUUUAAGAAAAACUACACAUCUUCUUACGCUAAGGUGCCAAGCAAAUUUAGAAGCGCCAUUAAAUUUUCUUGCAGCUGCUACAAUCCGCAGAAGAAGGUGUUCGGAACGAUGGACAUCGAAACGGAGUAUGCCCCUUCCGAAGAGGAGCCCAAAAUUCAGGAAGAUAAGUUUGUCCGAAAUAAGCUUCUCCCGUUGAGAAGUAAAAUUAGUUUAGAUGCAGAUGAGGUAGAACCCAUUGAGGAGGUAGAUACUGAGGAAGAUUCAGGAGCAGCAGGUUCAGAGGGAUGCACAGAAGACGGAUCAUGUGGUAACAUGCUCUCCCAAGGAAUCAGCUACACGUGUGACUUCUCUCAGGAGUCGCUAUUCACUCUGAUCGAGGGAAAAGUCCAAAGGAACACAUGCACCGUAGAUGCCAGAGCGUUAGAUGUGGUAACUAUAAAAUGUCCAGCCAUAGCGAAUCACGUGCAUAAGGAAAACACAGUCACAGAACCCGUCGAAACGGAAAAGGUAAUCAUCACCAUAGAUGGGGAGCAGUAUGUAACAUACCAGGAGGAGAAAACAAAGAAGAAGACAUUCUCCUUGAAAGAAAUUUACGAAGAGGAAUACUACGGUAUGACUAGCGAAGAAGCGACAAAUAUGAGAAAGGUAGAUGCAGGAUGGGAUAACCACGAAGUGUAUUAUCCAAAGCGGGUUCUAGACCACGUAGUCGUAGCGAAUAAGGUAACCAAGUUGGAAGACGCCCUACCAGGAGUGCUACAUCUGCAAAGCAAAAUAAACGAAGAAUUAAAAACAACUGAAUUGAUAAAGGACGGUGUGGUCCGCUUCAUGGUGCCACCGUAUGUAAGGGAUGACUUCCAGUUCCACCUCUUCUGUGGAAAGUCCUCUGAGAAGAAACCACAAGGAAAGAACACCUCUCUCGGGGUCAUACGUAUAAAUGUGUCUGCCUACAAGAAGGAACUUCAGGGGUGCGAUUUCAUAAACCACAAGGAAGACCCGGACUUGGUUAUUUUUACCAACGAACGAGAAAAAUCUAAUGACCACAUUUGUUCCAUUUCGCUGAUACCAAAUACCGUGGUGGGAAUUAACUGCCCAUCGGGAAAACUCCUCCCAGAUAGCUGCUUCCAUGAGACCUACUUUGUCGCAAAAUCUGAAGAAAAAACAGAGGCCAACCAGAUGAGCACCUUACCAAAGGAGAAAAUUACAAACGUCAUUAAGGGAGCAAUACCGGUGUCAAAUUUUUCGAAUAAGAAAAAUACCUACACAUAUCUCAUCCUCCCUAAGGAUAUGAAAAGUCUAGAAAAAUUAGACAAGAACUUCUACUGCACUUGUGAUGAGGGUAUAGUAAAAAUGAAGAUUCACGAAUUUUACAUAAAGAGAGAAAAGAACAACCGGGUGGACAAAGAAACCUGCUCCUACGAUAGCGCGAAAAAUGUGACCACCUGUAAUGUCGUCGAAUUCUUGGAAAAUCUCGAAGAGAAGGAUAACAAAACGAAUCACUACACAGUGAACCUAUCCAGAUGGGAUAAGGUUAUUUUAAAAUACCCAACAAAUGAGAAGGAGAAUUAUGGAAAGAUUUUUGUUAAUCCAAUUAACAUAAAAGAUAAGGUGCUCUAUAAGAACGUCCCUACACCUCUUGAGGAUAUUCUACCUGGAGCUAUCACCACACAUAAGUUUGAUUCAAGGACCAAAAUUAUAGAACACACUUUAAGGGUCCCUCCUUAUGUUUCUAAAGAGGUGAACUUCUUCUUGGAAUUCAACAACUCACUGACGCAUAAAAUGGUGGACUAUAAUUACUCCUACGGGGGGGUUGUAAAAAUAUUUUUCCACGUUCGAGAAGGGUACAGUGAAAUCAGUGGUUGUGAUUUUACUGGAAAGUAUAACCACCUCUUCAGUCACAACUUCGACCCUAAUAUUAAGGAAAGUACAACGUGUUCUGUUACCUUUGGGAAUAAUAGCUAUGCUGGGUUUGCUUGCCCUAGGGAAUUUGAAGUCGUCCCUCAUAAUUGCUUUACAUCUGUAUACGAUAAUAAUGACGAUAAGAAGGUUAAGAAGUUAGUGGACCUAUCUCAGGAAGCUGAAUCCGAUUUUGUUCAGUACAACGCCCGUGGGGUCAGCCUAUCCUACGUGACCUUUAAGAAGGACACCAAGGGACACAGCAUCUCCUGCAAGUGCGUCUCCAAAAAAGUCACGCACACUAUUAAUGUUACCUUCGAGCCUGAUGCUGACAAUUCCCUCCCCAAGACAAGAAUCCGCAUAAGGUACUUCGACUUGAGCAAGGCCUCCUUCAGUUCGCACCUGCGUGGGGGAUGA